UUGAAUAGAUUUGCAGCUAACUUGAAGCAAGCUGCAGAAAGUGAUGGCCGGAUUAAGCGUUCUGUGAGAGAACAGUCAGCACUCAUGUCAAUCCUUGAUUGCCGUCCAGGACAAGGAGCUUGUCAUUUCCUUCAAUGGGAGGAUACUCAAGAAAUUACCACAAUUAAUGAUCUUGUAGAUGAAAGCAAACAUGGCAUAUCUGUAGAUUCUACUUCAACAAGCCAUGAGUUAGUCACUAAAAUGGGUGAUUUGAGUAUUAAUAAUUUAAAGAGGAAGUUUGAUUCACUAGAGAUGGAAAAUCCUCAACAUCUCCCAACUUCUGUGGCUGUACAUGAACAUUUUGAGAAAGAUCAAGAGCCUGUCAUAGAGAGGAGUGAACAUGAUGAGACUUCAGAGAAUUUAACAUCUACAAAGUAUAUUGAUCCAUCACGAGUUGAGGACUCUUCAAAUCUCCAAGACCUAGUUGUGCUGGAGGUUGAGUUGAGUUCCAUUAUGAAGAAAUCACUCCUAACUACCCAUCUGACUUUAAAGGCUGAGAUUCAUUGCGGACAGGCUGAGUUCUGGAGGCAGAUUACUGCUGCUGGAGACACUUCUACUGAAGUGACGGAUUGUAUAAGUCAAGUUUUAGGACUUCAUAUUCUGGGUUGGUUGGGCCGGCUUGCUUUCCCUCCUCCUUGAUGUUUAUUAGUUCUUCCACCUCGGCCUCUCUCUUGUGGUGUUUUCCCUAAUUUUGAUUCCAUAUUUGUUCCUCGAGAUAAAGAUGUGUCUAAUUAUGAAGGCUCUGCAGACUGCAUCUCAAGAAGCAGAAGAGGCAACAAAACUUUGUCAUCAAAGGGAGCAAAAGCGUAAUGCAGCCAAGGCAACCUUAGAGAUGGCAAGGAUUAAGCUUCGGCAGUGAUUGUAUAUUAACCAUUCUCGAUGUAAAAUACAACAAUGGUGUUUAUAUAUGUAGAUUAUGCUGUAUGAUAGUGUAGAUUGAUGAGUCUCCUCAGUCCUUUCCCCCUUUUCUCUUUCAAGGUAGAAACGCUAACUUGCUUUUUGCAAGCUUGGUAACUGAAUAUAGCUCAUGAAAGAAUUUGUUCUAAAUUACUCGCUUAUACACACAUGCAAACCGUUCUCUGACCUGUGCUUUUGGUCUUGUUUGAACUUUGAACACAAUGAUUGUAUAUAGUUGUUUCCAUUAGCCCCUGCAUUA